AGGAGCAAAGGUGUUCCUGGGGCGCAGGGUGGGAGCCAGGCAUACCCCAUAACCCUUCUCUCUCUGCCGCAGUGAGGCUCCACGACAGCAUCUCCGAAGAGGGCCACCACUACCUGAUAUUUGAUCUGGUCACCGGUGGGGAGCUGUUUGAGGACAUUGUGGCCAGGGAGUACUACAGCGAAGCGGAUGCCAGCCACUGCAUCCAGCAGAUCCUGGAGGCUGUCCUGCACUGCCACCAGAUGGGGGUGGUCCAUCGGGAUCUGAAGCCUGAGAACCUGCUGCUGGCAUCCAAGCUGAAGGGUGCUGCUGUCAAGCUGGCUGACUUUGGCCUUGCCAUCGAGGUGGAGGGGGACCAGCAAGCGUGGUUUGGUUUCGCUGGCACCCCGGGAUACCUCUCCCCCGAGGUGCUCCGGAAGGAUCCCUAUGGCAAAGCUGUGGACCUGUGGGCUUGUGGUGUCAUCCUUUACAUCCUGCUGGUUGGGUACCCGCCCUUUUGGGAUGAAGACCAGCACCGACUCUACCAGCAGAUCAAGGCUGGGGCUUAUGAUUUCCCCUCCCCUGAGUGGGACACAGUCACUCCUGAAGCGAAAGAUCUCAUCAACAAGAUGUUGACCAUAAACCCAUCCAAACGCAUCACGGCAGCAGAGGCUCUGAAGCACCCCUGGAUAUCGCACCGUGCCACCGUGGCGUCAUGCAUGCACAGGCAGGAGACGGUGGACUGUCUGAAGAAGUUCAAUGCCCGGAGGAAGCUGAAGGGAGCCAUCCUCACCACCAUGCUGGCCACCAGGAACUUCUCCGGAGGCAAAAGCGGUGGCAACAAGAAGAAUGACGGCGUGAAGAAAAGAAAGUCCAGUUCCAGCGUUCAGUUAAUGGAAUCGUCAGAGAGCACCAACACCACCAUCGAGGACGAAGACACCAAAGUACGGAAGCAAGAAAUCAUUAAAGUCACAGAGCAGCUGAUUGAAGCAAUAAGCAAUGGCGACUUUGAGUCCUACACGAAGAUGUGCGACCCUGGGAUGACUGCCUUUGAGCCCGAGGCUCUGGGCAACCUCGUGGAAGGCCUGGAUUUCCACCGAUUCUACUUCGAAAACCUGUGGUCCCGGAACAGCAAGCCUGUGCAUACAACAAUCCUGAACCCCCACAUCCACCUGAUGGGAGACGAGUCCGCCUGUAUCGCCUACAUCCGCAUCACGCAGUACGUGGACGCGGGAGGGAUCCCCCGCACCGCCCAGUCCGAGGAGACCCGCAUCUGGCACCGCCGGGAUGGCAAAUGGCAGAUCGUCCACUUCCACAGAUCUGGCGCGCCCUCUGUCCUACCGCAGUAAGCCCUCUGAAGCGCAGUCUUGCCCGUGUUGGGUUUGUCACUGACUGACUACCAAGGGGAGACCCCCCUCCGACAUCUUCACCUACGGGACUUUGGCUGUUGGCUCUGCUGCUUGGUUCCCGCUGGAAUAACCCCUCGCUUCUCACCGCACACAUGCAACAGCCCCGCUGGCGCCCCGCAAGCAUCCCAUCAACCCCCACCCCCACCGUGCCGGGGCCAUGGCACUGGGCCCCCUUCCUCUGCAUGAACCAAGAAAAGAGAAACCAUGAACCUAAACCCGAGCAUCUGGACGGUGAGAUAAUACGUGCCAGGGCAAAGGCCUCCCUCCUCAGCUGCAUGGCAUUGGU